GCCCUUCCUGAUUGGCUGAUCCGAGAGCCGCCCCCCCGGCGGCGCCGCGGGGCAUGCCGGGAAGUGCGGUUCUCGCCGCGCCGCGUCCUUCCGCCGCCGCGCGGGGGCUGCCGGGAAGCGGUGCGGUUCUAUGGCGGAGCCGGCGCCCCCUGGGGGGCCGCAACCCCGCGCCCGGCGCCUGGCAGCACUGCUGAACCGCAGCCUGCGGGUGCGCAUGUCGGACGGGCGCACGCUGGUGGGAGCCUUCCUCUGCACCGACCGCGAUGCCAACGUCAUCCUUGGCUCCGCGCAGGAGUUCCUCAAGGCCGCGGAUGCAUUCCCAGGCAGCGAGCCGCGUGUGCUGGGUUUGGCCAUGGUGCCUGGGCAUCACAUCGUGUCCAUUGAGGUGGAGCGUGACGCCGCCGCCGCCCUGUGCUCCUGACAGCCCCCCCGUGGGACGGACCCCCGUGUGUUGUGCACCUCUCGUGUACCCUAACUGGUGAUGGACCCCAGCCAUCCAAAAUGACCGCGGGAAUCGGGAUCCCCGCAGCCCCAUUAAAGCCCCUGUGGUGGUCACACUGUCA